AUGGUCAAAACAUUCUCGUUCAAGAAGAACCAACUUUUUUCAUACAGCAAGGGACCAGAAAGAAAAAAUGACUCUAAUGUUCGAAUCCCGACUACAAUUAUUCCCCAAUUGGAUAUAAAGACAAUGGCUAUGGCUAUUUGUGCGGCCUACUUUUUCGGUUACUUAUACUAUGCUCAUCAUAACGCUCUACAUGCUCAUAAAUACAUUGAACUAGUGCUGGGGAUUUUGAUUUUUUCAAUUUUCUUUGUCGCGUUAGGAACGCUUGGAGUGAUCCGAGAGAAUAUCGCUCUGAUUGUUCCUUUUUGUGUUUGUCAAAUAUUAACUUUUAUUGCCACAAUACUUGCUUGGGGAUACAUUGCGUAUUUCUUCAUCGAUCAUAAAGGAUUUGAUCACAGUUUUAUCGCUCGUGCAGCCUUGGUUAAUUUCAAUGCUGCUUUCUUAUGUUCUCUUCAAUUUUAUUGUUGUAGCAUAAUGAACCGACUAAUCUCAUACUAUCGACGCAAGAGAGAGAAUGCCACUCGUUUCUAUGAAGAGUUGGCCAGGUGUGCGAGAUCUUUCGAAAUGAUUUAA